AUGCUGCUCCCUACUCUCCUCUUUGGGAUGGCAUGGGCGCUAGCCAACGGGCGGUGGUGUGAGCAGACGGAGACCCUCCUGGUGGAGGAGGAAGUGACCCCCCGGCGGGAGGACCUGGUGCCCUGCACCAGCCUCUACCAUUACCUGCGCCAGGGCUGGCGAGCGGACCUGUCCUUGGGUGGCCGUGCGGGGCUCUGUCCCAUCUACAAGGACGGGGCUGAGCUGAACACUAACGUCUUCUCCCUUCUGCCUGCUCGGUGGACGCAGGCCCCCGGCGACCCGGCCUGUUCCAUGGAACCGGACAGUGCACCCCACUCUCCCCCACCCCCCGUACCCACCACAGCCCUUGCAGACACCAGCCCCGAGGGCCACUGCUUUGCCACGAGGCGGUGCCAGCCGCAGGCAGGCUCGGCUAACGCUUCUGCGGGAAGCCUGGAGGAGUGCUGUGCCCAGCCCUGGGGUCACAGCUGGCGGGAUGGCCGCUCCCGGGCCUGCCUCAGCUGCCCCAGUCAACAGCUCCCAGGGAGCACCCCCUCUCCAGCCCCCCUGCAGCCCCUGGCAGGGGCCGUGGCCCAACUCUGGAGCCAGCUGCAGCGACCCUUGGCCACCUGCACCGCCUGGUCUGGCUUCCACUACCGCACCUUUGACGGUCGCCACUACCACUUCCUGGGCCGCUGCACUUACCUGCUGGCAGGUGCUGCCGACUCCACCUGGGCCGUCCACCUGAGCCCCGGCGGCCCUUGUCCGCAGCCUGCGCACUGCCAGCUGGCCCGGGUGCUGAUGGGACCGGAGGAAGUGCUGAUUCGGGGUGGAAAUGUCUCUGUGAAUGGGCAGCCGGUACCUGAUGGGGAGUCUCAGCUGCUCCCUGGGCUGAGCUUGCAGUGGCAAGGGGACUGGCUGGUGCUGUCGGGAGGCCUGGGGGCCGUGGUGCGGCUGGAUAGGUCCGGUUCGGUCUCCGUUUCUGUGGACCACGAGCUCCAGGGACAGACGCGAGGCCUCUGUGGGGUCUACAAUGGUUGGCGUGAAGAUGACUUCCUGGAGCCAGGAGUGGGCCUGGCUGCACUGGCGGCCACGUUCGGGAAUUCCUGGAGGCUCCCGGACUCAGAGCCUGGGUGUCUGGAUGCGGUGGAAGCAGCCUGGGGCUGCGAGGAGCCCCUGAGGGGCACGGAAGCGGGCGUGGAGGCCGCCAGCUGCGGGCUGAGGGCCCAGGAUGUGUGCCACCAGCUGCUGGACGGCCUAUUCAGAGAAUGCCAUACUCAGGUCCCCCCUGCCGACUACCACGAGGCCUGCCUCUUUGCCUACUGUGCCGCGGCCCCAGCGGGCACUGGCGGGGAGGGCGGUAGGCAGGCUGUGUGUGCCACCUUGGCCAACUACGCCCAGGACUGUGCCAAGCGGGGCAUCCACGUGCUCUGGAGGAAGCCGGGCUUCUGUGAGCGCCUGUGCCCGGGAGACCAGCUGUACUCGGACUGCGCCUCCGCCUGCCCGCCCAGCUGCUCGGCGGGGGACGCGGGAGCGGAGGGGUCCUGCCGAGAGGAAUGCGUGAGCGGCUGCGAGUGCCCGCCCGGCCUCUUCCGGGACGGCGCCCUCUGUGUGCCCGCCGCCCGCUGCCCCUGCUUCCACCGACGCCAGCGCUACGCCCCCGGCGACACUGUGCGCCAGCGGUGCAACCCGUGCGUGUGCCAGGACGGCCGCUGGCUCUGCGCGCAGGCGCCGUGCCCCUCCGAGUGCGCGGUGGGCGGCGACGGGCACUACCUCACCUUUGAUGGGCGGAGCUUCUUCUUCUGCGGCAGCGCAGGUUGCCGCUCCGUCCUGGUGCAGGUGGGCAGAGGACUAACGGGGGUCCCGGGCGGGGCGGCGGGGACGGGCUCUUGUCUGCCCCACCCACCGUCUACCCAGGACUUGGCCAAGGGGCAGCUGCUGAUUGUGCUCGAGCACGGGGCCUGCGACUCCGGGAGCUGCCUCCACACCGUCUCGGUCUCCCUGGGGGACACCCACGUGCAGCUCAGGGACUCAGGCCGGGCAGUGACGGUGAACGGGGUGACCGUAACGCUCCCCAAGGUCUACACCGGGCCCGGGCUGAGCCUGCGCCGAAGCCAGCCUCUUCCUGCUGCUCACCGCCCGCCUGGGCCUCACCCUGCUCUGGGACGGAGCGCCCCCUAUUGGGUGAAUACCCACGCAGAGGGCCACGCGGCCCACUCAAUAGCGCCCUUGGUCUUCUUGGACCCUGACGAGGGCUGGCAGGUCAUUUCUUCACACAACCUGCCCCCUGCUGUGCCCCCUGCAGGCACCCGGGUUCUGGUGCACCUGUCCCCGCAGUUCCGCGGCCGUGUGGCCGGGCUGUGUGGAGACUUUGAUGGAGAUGCCAGUAACGACCUGCAGAGCCGCCAGGGAGUCCUGGAGCCCACGACCGAGCUGGCGGCCCACUCCUGGCGCCUCAGCCCUCUCUGCCCCGAGCCCGGGGACCUGCCACACCGUGAGCAAGGGUGGGGAAUGGGCAGGGGAGUGUGGGGCAGCUGCAGAAACCCGGGGGGGGGGGGCGGGUGCAGGCGGCCGGGUGCUGCGGAGGGAUCUGGCUGGUCCACCGUCACGUGCCUACAGGUGAACGCCCACCGGGCCGCCUGGGCUCGCGCCCACUGUGGGGUGCUGCUGCAGCCUCUCUUUGCCCGGUGCCACGCGGAGGUGCCCCCGCAGCAGCACUACGAGUGGUGCGUGUACGACGCCUGCGGCUGUGACUCAGGGGACGACUGCGAGUGUCUCUUCGCCAUCGCCACUUACGCAGCGGAAUGUUCCCGGCACGGGCUCCGCGUGCGCUGGCGCAGCCAGGAGCUCUGCCCUCUGCAGUGUGAAGGGGGCCAGGUGUACGAAGCCUGUGGCCCUGCGUGUCCCCCCACCUGCCAUAACCAUGGCCCUGAAGCCGGGUGGCACUGCCAGGCUGUCACCUGUGUGGAGGGCUGCUUCUGCCCUGAGGGCACCCUGCUGCAUGGAGGCGUCUGCUUGGAGCCGGUGUCCUGCCCCUGUGAAAGGGGGGGCAGCUUCUUCCCACCAGGCACGGCGCUACAGGAGGACUGUGGGAACUGCACGUGCCAGGACAGCCAGUGGCUUUGUGGGGACGGCAGCGGUGCCCGCUGUGAGGAGCCGGGGCCUGGCUGUGCAGAGGGAGAGGCCCCGUGCCAGGAGAGCGGGCACUGUGUGCCCCACGAGUGGCUUUGUGACAACCAGGACGACUGUGGCGAUGGCUCGGAUGAGGAGGGCUGUGCCGCUCCGGGCUGCAGGGAGGGGCAGGUGUCUUGCAGCUCCGGCCGCUGCCUGCCCCUGGCUCUGCUCUGCGACGGACAGGAUGACUGUGGAGACGGGACGGAUGAGCAGGGCUGCCCCUGCCCCCCGGGCUCCCUGGCCUGCGUGGACGGGCGUUGCCUGGCCCCUGCCCUGCUGUGUGACGGGCACCCUGACUGUCCAGACACUGCUGACGAGGAGUCCUGUCUGGGGCACGUGAGCUGCACCCCUGGGCAGGUGCCCUGCGUCGAUGGCACCUGCGUGGGGGCCACCCAGCUGUGUGAUGGAACCUGGGACUGUCCAGACGGAGCAGAUGAGGGGCCCGGGCACUGCCCCCUCCCCUCGCUGCCCACGCCCCCUGCUGGCACCUUGCUCAGCCCCUCUGCUGGCUCCCUGGUGGCUGCUCCAACUCCCCUGGCCAGCACCAGCCCUGCGCCGCCCUGCGGCCCCUUGGAGUUCCCGUGCGGCAGCGGCGAGGGCACCCCGCGGGGCUGGCGCUGCGAUGGCGAGGAGGACUGCACGGACGGCAGCGACGAGCGAGGCUGCGGGGCGCCCUGUGCGCACCCCGACGUGCCCUGCGCCCGCGGCCCGCACUGCGUGGCUCCCGCGCAGCUGUGCGACGGCGCGCCCCACUGCCCCGAUGGCUCGGACGAGGGCCCGGACGCCUGUGAGGAGCUGCCGGCCCCAGGAGGCCCCAACAGGACAGGGGUUCCCUGCCCGGAGUACUCCUGCCAUGGCCUCUGCAUCAGUUUCCAGCUGGUGUGCGAUGGGAAGCCUGACUGUGAAAUGGCAUCAGAGGCCAAGGUCUCCGCAGAAGAGCAGGGCUGUGGGGCCUGGGGCUCGUGGAGCCCGUGGGGGCCCUGUAGCCGCACGUGUGGGCCCGGGGUGCAGGGCCGGAGCCGCCGCUGCUCCCCGCCCGGGCUCCCGGUGCUGCAGCUCUGCCCGGGCCCUGGGCACCAGACUCAGGCCUGCCUCACGGCUGCCUGCCCAGUGGAUGGUGAGUGGACCUCCUGGUCGCCCUGGUCCCUGUGCUCUGAGCCGUGCGGGGGCUCUGCCACCCGGCAGCGGCAGUGCCGCCCGCCCAAGAACGGGGGCCGGGCCUGUGCUGAGCUGCCCGGGGGCCUACACAGCACCCACCAGACCCGUCCCUGCCUUCAGGAGGGCUGCCCCAAUGCCACCUGCUCUGGGGGGCUCGUGUUCUGGCCCUGUGCCCCCUGCCCUCUGACCUGCGAUGACAUCACCGGCCAGACCGAGUGCACCGCGGACCCGCUCUGCAGCAGCCCAGGCUGCUGGUGCCCCACUGGGCAGGUGCUGGGCAGCGAGGGGCAGUGUGUGCGGCCCGGGCAGUGCCCCUGCCUGGUGGACAGGUGCCCUUACUGGCCCGGGGAGCACAUCAGGGUCAACUGCCAGCUCUGCAUCUGCCAGGACGGGCGGCCCCAGAGCUGCCGGCCCAACCCGGACUGUGCCGUGAACUGUGGCUGGUCCUCCUGGUCCCCCUGGGCUGAGUGCCUGGGACCCUGUGGGAGCCAGAGCAUUCAGUGGUCCUUCCGGAGCCCCAGCAGCCCCCGCCGCUCCGGCCGAGGCCGCCAGUGCCGAGGCAUCCACCGCAAAGCCCGCAGGUGCCAGACCGAGCCGUGUGGGGGCUGCGAGCAGCACGGCCAGGUCCACCGCGUCGGGGAGCGCUGGCGAGGGGGCCCCUGCAGGGUCUGCCAGUGUCUGCACAACGGCACCGCGCUGUGCUCCCCCUACUGCCCGCUGGGCAGCUGCCCCCAGGUGAGGGGCGUGGGCCAGGGCCUGGGGCAAGCCGACUGGGUCCUGGUGGAGGGCAGGGGAGAGGCGUGCUGCCACUGCAUCCCGCCUGGGAAGGCGCCAGCCUCGGAGGUGCCUCGCCCGAGUCCUGGGGAGUCCGCAAAGACAGCGACCGUCACCCCCACCUCCCAGCCCAAGGCCACGGCCCUGCGACCAAGAAUGGCAGCCGUGACAGUGCCGUCCCCACACCCGAUGACUCCGGGGGCCCCCGCCAGCCAGAGCCCGGCCCCGGGGCCCUUCCCGCGCGUGCAGUGCGGCCGGGGCCAGGCACCCUGCACGGUGCUGGGCUGCGUGGAGCAGGAGCAGCUGUGUGACGGGCGGGAGGACUGCCUGGACGGCUCGGACGAGAGGCGCUGCGCGAGCCCUGGGCCCUUCCCGGUGCCCACCACGGCCCUGCCCGGGCUGCCCUCCCCGCAAGCCCUCUGCUCCGCGCGGCAGCUGACUUGCGGCAGCGGCGAGUGCCUGCCCCCCAAGCGGCGCUGCGACCUGCGGCCUGACUGCCAGGACGGCUCGGAUGAGGACGGCUGCGUGGACUGUAGGCUGGCGCCCUGGUCUGGCUGGAGCCACUGCAGCCGCAGCUGUGGCCUGGGUGUCGCCUUCCAGCGCCGGGAGCUGCUGCAGCCACCCCUGCCCGGGGGCAGCUGCCCGCCUGACCGCCUCCGCAGCCAGUCCUGCUUCGUGCGGGCCUGCCCUGCACCGCCCACGUCCCCGUGGGCUCGCCUGGCCCACCCCCACCCUUCCCUCCCUGCAGUGGCGGGGGCGUGGACCGUGUGGGAAGCCUGGGGACCGUGCAGCGUCUCCUGUGGGGGUGGCCAUCGGAGCCGCCGGAGGAGCUGUGAGGACCCCCCGCCCAAGAAUGGCGGCGCCCCCUGCCCCAGGGCCUCCCAAGAGAGGACAGCCUGUGGCUUACAGGCCUGCACAGGGGACACAGACUGUGGGAUGGGCCGAGUGCAUGUCAGCGCCGAGCUGUGUGGGAAGGGGCUGGUGCCCCCGUGCCCACCCUCCUGCCUGGACCCCGAGGCCAACAGCAGCUGCGGGGGGCACUGCCUGGAAGGAUGCCGCUGUCCCCCCGGGCUCCUCCUCCAGGAUGCGCGCUGCCUGCCCCUCUCCGAGUGCCCCUGCCUCGUGGGCGGAGAGCUGAGGCAGCCCGGGCUUCCCUUCCUCCUGGACAACUGCAGCCGGUGCGUGUGUCACAGGGGGGCACUGCUGUGUGAACCGGGGGGCUGCCCCGUGCCCUGUGGCUGGUCAGCCUGGUCCUCCUGGGGUCCCUGCAACCGCUCCUGUGGCUCCGGAGUGAGGGCCAGGUUCAGGUCUCCUUCCAACCCUCCGGCUGCCUCUGGGGGUGCCCCUUGUGAGGGCCACGCACAGGAGCUGCAGGCCUGCCACGCUGAGUGCGGGACAGAGGCGCUGGGCUGGACGGCGUGGACACCCUGGUCUGCCUGCUCCCGGAGCUGCCUUGCCCCUGGAGGGGGCCCGGGCUGGCGCCGUCGUUCCCGGCUCUGCCCCAGCCUGGGGGACGAGUCCUGCCCAGGGGAGGCCACUCAGGAGGAGCCCUGCAGUCCCCCCGUGUGCCCAGUGCCAAGCGCCUGGGGUCUUUGGGCCCCCUGGUCCCCCUGCUCAGCCCCCUGUGACGGUGGCAUCCAGACACGAGGGCGCAGCUGUUCUGGCUCGGCUGCUGGGGACGCCGAGUGCCAGGGGCCCCACAGCCAGACCAGGGACUGCGACACGCAGCCCUGCACAGCCCAGUGCCCGGGGGACAUGGUGUUUCGCUCAGCCGAGCAGUGCCGCCAGGAGGGGGGUCCGUGCCCCCGGCUGUGCCUGGCGCAGGGCCCUGGGGUGCAGUGCACCGGCUCCUGUGCCCCGGGCUGCGCCUGCCCCCGCCUCUUCCUGUACAACGCCAGCUGCCUGCCCCGCGCUCAGUGCCCCUGCCAGCUGCACGGGCGUCUCUACGACCUGGGAGCGGUGGCUCCGCUGGGCUCCUGCAACAACUGCACCUGUGUCUCUAGUGAGAUGGUGUGCACCUCGGAGCGCUGCCCAGUGGCCUGUGGCUGGAGCCCCUGGACCCCCUGGAGUCUCUGCAGCCGCAGCUGCAACGUGGGGAUUCGAAGGCGUUUCCGGGCGGGUACAGCGCCCCCUGCUGCCUUUGGGGGUGCUGCGUGCCAGGGCCCCAGUAUGGAGGCCGAGUUCUGCAGCCUGCGGCCAUGUCAAGGUCCCGGGAGGGAGUGGGGCCCCUGGUCUCCCUGCUCCGUGCCCUGCGGCAGUGGCUUCCGGAACCGCACCCAAGGCAGUGGCUGGAACAGUCCCGUGGACUUCUCCACCUGUGGCCUACAGCCCUGUGCAGGGCCAGUGCCUGGCGUGUGUCCCAGGGACAAGCAGUGGCUGGACUGUGCCCAGGGCCCUGCCACCUGUGCCGAGCUCAGUGUCCCCUGAGGGACGAACCAGACCUGCCAGCCUGGCUGCUACUGUCCCCCAGGCUUGCUCCUGCUGGUGAAACAACAUGUGUGUGUGCCCGCCCAGGACUGCCCCUGCGCCCACGGGGGUCGCCUCCACCCGCCGGGCAGCGCUGUGCUUCGUGCCUGUGAGAACUGCUCCUGUGUCUCUGGGCUCGUCACCAACUGCACCUCGUGGCCCUGCGAGCAGGGUCCGCCUACAUGGUCGUCCUGGACCCCAUGGAGUGAGUGUUCGGCCUCGUGCGGCACUGCCCUGUGCCACCGGCACCGUUUCUGCGCCAGGCUCCCAGGCACUGUGCUGCCGCCGCCCCCACGGGCCUCGCCCACGCCUCUUUGCCCCGGCCCCGAGGCCGAGGAGGAGCCCUGCACCCUGCUGGCCUGUGACCGAGCUGGGGGCUGGGGUCCUUGGGGACCCUGGUCCAGCUGCAGCCGGAGCUGCGGGGGAGGCCUGCUGAGCCGCACUCGGGCCUGCGACCAGCCCCCACCCCAGGGCCUGGGGGAUUACUGUGAAGGGCCUCGGGCCCAGGGGGAGGCGUGCCAGGCCCUGCCCUGUCCAGUGACCAACUGCACCUCCGUAGAAGGGGCCCAGUUUAGCCCCUGUGGCCCUCCCUGUCCUCGCUCCUGUGAUGACCUCGUGCACUGCAUGUGGCACUGCCAGCCCGGCUGCUACUGCCCCCGCCAGGUGCUGAGUGCGGACGGGGCCCUGUGUGUGCCGCCCGGCCACUGCCUGGACCUGCUGACCGGGGCGCGGCACCCUCCCGGCACACGGCUGGCCCGGCCUGAUGGCUGCAACUACUGCACCUGCUCGGAGGGGAGGCUGAACUGCACGGACCUGCCUUGCCCAGUGCCCGGUGGCUGGUGCCCGUGGUCGGGAUGGACGGCGUGCUCCCAGCCCUGCAGGGGUCAGACGAGGACCCGCUCCCGGGCCUGUGCCUGUCCUGCUCCUCGGCACGGAGGGUCCCCGUGCCCUGAGGACGCAGGGGAGCCCGGGGCCCAGCUUCAGCGGGAGGCCUGCCCCGACCCCGGUGUGUGCCCAGUAGACGGAGCCUGGGGCCCGUGGGGCCCGUGGCUGUGGUCUCCCUGCGACGCGUGCCUGGGGCAGUCCCAUCGGAGCCGGGUGUGCAGCUGGCCCCCCACAGCCGAAGGAGACAGGCCCUGCCCCGGGGGCCACAGGCAGAGCCGCCCCUGCCGGGACAACUCCACGCGGUGCCCAGACUGCGCGGGAGGCCAGGCUCUUCUCCCCUGUGGGCAGCCCUGCCCCCGCUCCUGCCAGGACCUGUCCCCGGGCAGCCUGUGUCAGCCGGGCCCGACAGGCUGCCAGCCCAGCUGCGGGUGCGCCCCCGGCCAGCUGUCCCAGGACGGCCUCUGUGUGGCCCCCGCCCACUGCCGCUGCCAGUUCCAGCCCGGAGCCAUGGGGGUCCCUCAGAACCGGAGCCGGGCAGUGGGGUCCGAGCUCAGUUCCUGGGAGAGCCUGGAGCCCGGAGAGGUGGUGACUGGGCUGUGUGACAACUGCACCUGUGUGGCAGGCGUUCUGCAGUGCCAGGAGGUGCGCGGCUGCCCGGGCCCCGGGGAGUGGGGCCCCUGGGGCCCCUGGGAGGACUGCAGCGUUCCGUGCGGGGGCGGGGAGCAGCUGCGCGCCCGGAGCUGCCCCCGCCCCCCCUGCCCCGGGCCUGCCCGCCAGAGCCGGACCUGCCACACCAGGCUGGAGCUGGGCGCUGACUCGGGCGUUGCUUCAGGGGCGGGGUGCCCGGCCGGGCGUCUGUACCGGGAGUGCCAGCCCGGCGAGGGGUGCCCCUUCUCCUGCGCCCACGUCGCCGGGCAGGUGGCCUGCUUCUCCGCCGGCUGCCAGGAGGGCUGUCACUGCCCCGAAGGCACCUUCCAGCACCGCUUGGCCUGCGUCCAGGAGUGCCCCUGCGUGCUGACAGCCUCGCUCCUGCAGGGGCUGGGCGCUGCCAGCACAGACCCCGGGGCUCGCCCACCCAUCCUGGGGGACCUGGCUCAGCCCCUCGGGCCCGGAGAUGAGCUGGGCUCGGGCCAGACCUUCCACGUGGUCUGCAGCAACUGCUCCUGUGUGCACGGGAAGCUGUCUUGCUCCGUGGGUGACUGCUCCGAGGGAGAUGGCUUCGGUCCCUGGGAUCCUUGGGGCCCGUGCUCUCACUCCUGCGGUGGGCUGGGCACCCGCACCCACCUGCCACUGUCCGCCCCUCGGCCGCCUCCUGGCAGCCAGGACUGCCGCGGGCCCCUGCAGGACCUUGAGUACUGCCCCAGCCCAGACUGCCCAGGGGCUGCAGGGUCCACGGUGGAGCCAGUGACAGGCCUUGCAGGUGGCUGGGGCCCGUGGUCCCCGUGGUCCCCCUGCUCCCAAAGCUGCACAGACCCCCGUCACCCUGCCUGGCGCAGCCGCCGCCGCCUCUGCCUGGCAAACUGCACUGGGGGGGACAGUUCGCAGGAGCGCCCUUGCAACCUGCCCUCCUGCACAGAGCUGCCCCUGUGCCCCGGCCCUGGCUGCGUGGCCGGGAACUGUUCCUGGACCGCCUGGGCCCCGUGGCAGCCGUGCUCCCGCAGCUGCGGGGUGGGCCAGCAGCGCCGCCUGCGGGCCUACCGCCCCCCGGGGCCCGGCGGGCACUGGUGCCCCGACAUCCUCACGGCGUACCAGGAGCACCGCUUCCGCAACCUCCGCGCCUGCCCAGUGCCGGGAGGCUGGUCUCGCUGGAGCCCCUGGUCCUGGUGCGACCGCAGCUGUGGGGGCGGCCGGUCCCUGAGGAGCCGCCGCUGCUCGAGCCCCCCACCCAAGAACGGGGGUGCCCCCUGUGCCGGGGAGAGGCACCAUGCACGGCUCUGUAACCCUAUGCCCUGUGAGGCCGGCUGCCCGGCAGGCAUGGAGGUGGUCAGCUGUGCCAACCACUGCCCCCGCCGCUGCUCGGACCUGCAGGAGGGGAUCGUGUGCCAGGAGGACCAGGCCUGCCAGCCGGGCUGCCGCUGCCCUGAGGGCUCGCUGGAGCAGGACGGCUGCGUGCCGGUCGGGCACUGCGAGUGCACGGACGCCCAGGGCCACAGCUGGGCCCAUGGGAGCCGGCACCAGGACGCCUGCGGCAACUGCACGUGCCGGGCUGGACGGCUCUCCUGCGAGGCUCAGCCCCGCCCACCGCCCGCCCACUGCGCCUGGAGCCGCUGGUCCGCCUGGAGCCCCUGCAGCCGCUCCUGUGGGCCUGGGGGGCAGCAGAGCCGCUUCUGGUCCUCCACCUCCGGCUCGUGGGCGCCCGAGUGUCGGGAGGAGCAGUCCCAGAGCCAGCCCUGCUCUCAGCCCCCGUGCCCACCCCUGUGCCUGCACGGGAGCCACCCUCGCUCCCUGGGGGACAGCUGGGGGCAGGGCGAGUGCCAGCAGUGCUCCUGCACCCCGGAGGGCGUGCUGUGUGACGACACCCACUGCGCAGUGCCCGGGGCCUGGACACCGUGGUCCCCCUGGUCUGGCUGUCCCGUCUCCUGUGGAGGUGGGAACCAGGUUCGCACCCGGGUCUGCGAGGCUUCAGCCGCUCCCCACGGGGGGCCCUUGUGCCUGGGUCCCGACACCCAGACCCGGCGCUGCAGGUGGCAGCCUUGUGGGGGGCCGCUGGAGGCCUGCUCCUGGGGCCCGUGGGGGCCCUGCUCCCGAAGUUGUGGCCCCGGCCUGGCUUCCCGCUCCGGGGUCUGCCCCUGCCCGCUGGCCGAGGCCGACCCCGCCUGCAGUGGCACCCUCCUGCGCCCGGGGUGCUACCUGGGGCCCUGCGUGGAGGACUGCGUGUGGGGCAGCUGGAGCCCCUGGACGCGGUGUUCGCGCCGGGUGCCGGUGCAGCAGCGCUACCGCCACCAGAGCCCGGCGCCCGGAGGGAAGGGGGCCGGCGCCCCCUGCACACAGCUGGACGGCCACUUCCGGCCGUGCCUCGUCGGCAACUGCUCUGAGGACGGCUGCACGCCCCCCUUCCAGUUCCGGGCCUGCGGCUCCCCCUGCGCCGGGCUCUGUGCCACACACCUGAGCCGCACCCUCUGCCAGGACCUGCCGCCCUGCCAGCCUGGCUGCUACUGCCCCGAGGGACUGCUGGAGCAGGCGGGGGGCUGUCCCCCGGAGCAGUGCAGCUGCCAGCACAUCUCAGGAGAAGGCGCCAGGGUGACCUUGGCCCCUGGGGACCGCCUACGGCUGGGCUGCAAAGAGUGCGAAUGCCAGCGCGGGGAGCUGCAGUGCACCAGCGGGGGCUGCCAAGGUCUUCUGCCUCUGAGUGGCUGGUCCGAGUGGUCGCCCUGCGGGCCCUGCCUGCCCCUCAGCGUCCUGGCCCCUGCCUCCAGGACGGCCCUAGAGGAGCGGUGGCCCCAGCACCCAGCCGGCCUUGCCCCAGCCUCGGCCCCCCUGCUGGCCUCGGAGCAGCACCGCCACCGCCUCUGUUUGGACCCUGAGACAGGCAGGCCGUGGGCUGGGGACCCGGGCCUCUGCACCGUGCCGCUCAGCCAGCAGCGCCUCUGCCCGGACCCCGGAGCCUGCCUUGACCCGUGCCAGUGGAGCCCAUGGGGGCCCUGGAGCUCCUGCGAGGUGCCCUGCGGUGGGGGGUUCCGGCUGCGCUGGAGAGAGGCAGCAGACCCCCCCGGGGGAGGCUGCUGGGGACCCUGGGCUCAGACCGAGAGCUGCAACCCGGGGCCCUGCCCAGGGGAGAGCUGCGAGGCCCAGGACGCCGUGUCCACCCCCGACUGCGCCAACCAGUGUCCUCGGAGCUGUGCCGACCUCUGGGACCGCGUGCAGUGUCUGCAGGGGCCAUGCCGCCCAGGCUGCCGUUGUCCCCCUGGCCAGCUAGUACAGGACGGGCGCUGCGUGCCCAUCUCCUCCUGCCGCUGUGGCCUGCCCAGCCCCAAUGCCUCCUGGGUGCUGGCCCCAGCCGAGGCGGUGCAGCUGGACUGCAAAACCUGCACCUGUGUCAACGGGUCCCUGGAGUGCCCGCACCGUGAGUGUCCAGUCCUCGGGCCCUGGUCAGCCUGGAGCCGCUGCUCGGCUCCCUGUGGUGGGGGCACCCGGGAGCGCCAUAGGAGCUGCCAGGAGAGUCCUGGGGGGGCGCCCUGCCGGGCCCAGGACACAGAGCAGCGGCAGGAGUGCAACCUGCAGCCCUGCCCCGGUGAAGUGCCCCCCGGCCAGGUGCCCAGCCCCUGUGCCACCUCGUGCCCACACCUCUGCUCGCAUCUUUGGCCUGGCGCCCUCUGUGUGCAGGAGCCGUGCCGGCUUGGCUGUGGCUGCCCCGGAGGGCAGCUGCUGCACAACGGCACGUGCGUGCCCCCCGCUGAGUGCCCCUGCACCCUCUCUCUGCCCUGGGGCCUCACCUUGACCCUCGAAGAGCAGGCCCAGGAGCUGCCCCCAGGGACUGUGCUCACUCAGAACUGCACCUGCUGUGUCUGCCAAGGGGGGACCUUCAACUGCUCCCUCGCCGGCUGUCAGGAGUGUCCCCCUGGAGAGGUGUGGCAGCAGGUGGCCCCUGGGGAGCUGGGGCCCUGCGAGCGGACAGUGCUGGAGUUGAACGCCUCGGAGACGCAGGGCCACUGCGCUGCGGGCCAGGCCCCGGGGUGCGUGUGCCGGCGGGGGCUCCUCCGGAGCCAGGCAGGCCCCUGCGUGACUAUGCAUCUCUGCGAGUGCUGGCACCGCGGGCGCCCCCACCCGCCCGGAGCCGAAUGGCAGGAGGUCUGUGAGAGCUGCCACUGCCUCCGUGGGAGGAGCGUCUGCACCCGGCGCUGCCCCCCCCUCACCUGUGCCCAGGGCGAGGUGACCGUGCAGGAGCUAGGGAGCUGCUGCCCCACGUGCCGCCGGGCGACUCCGGAGGAGCAGUCGCCUUCCUGCCGGCACCUGAUGGAGCUCCGGAACCUCACCAAGGGCCCCUGCUACCUGGACCAGGUGGAAGUGAGCUACUGCUGUGGGCACUGCCCAUCCAGCACCAACGUCCUGCCUGAGGAGCCCUACCUGCAGAGCCAGUGCGAGUGCUGUAGCUACCGCCUGGACCCCGAGAACCCCGUGCGCGUCCUGAACCUGCGCUGUCCCGGCGGCCGCACGGAGCUGGUGCUGCUGCCCGUCAUCCGCAGCUGCCAGUGCAGCGCCUGCCAGGGAGGUGAUUUCUCAGAGCGCUGAUGGCUCCGCUGCAUGAGGCUGCCCCGGCCCGCACGGGAUCGCCAGGCUCAAGGACGGUGACCCCCCCCAACCGUUCCCCUG